AUGCCAGGAUGUGCACUGAACCCAGAUAGUUGUGAGAACAAAGGAGAAUUUCUGAAAGAGCCAUGUGAGUGUCUGUGCCCGAUUGGAUUUGCAGGCGUUUAUUGUGAAGUUUCAACUGCAACCAAUCCUUGCGUUGUAGACCCGGACUUGUGUCCAGGAAAAGGCCAGUACUGCGAAGCAGAUACCAAGGUGACUAAUGGUGCCGAGUAUGUCUGCAAAUGCAACAUUCAGGGAGGCUAUGCGGCUUCUAAAAAGGAAGAUGGCACAUGCAUCGAGGUCAAGACUCUGAGGUCGGAUCUCCAUGUAACCAAAAUCGAUGGAAAGGAUGCUAUAUAUAAAGAUGCAUACCGGGAUGUCAACUCUGCCGAUUCUAUCAAGAUUUUUGAGGGGGUCAAAAACGUUAUGCUUGAAGCCUUGAAGAACAAUCCUGCCACCGAGAGAGCUGAGGACGUCAUCCUCAUCAGUAUCAAGAACGGAAGUCUGAAAUUCGACACCGCGCUCGUCUUCCCAAAAGAUGACGACGUCACAGAGAACAGCGUGAAGGAUGUGCUGCUGAACGACACACUCGGCAAUAAUUAUUUAGAUGUGGAUCCCGAUAAGUCCACUGUCAGUGAACCACCGCCUACGAUUUGCCCCGAUGGUUUCUGUUCCAACGAUGGGACCUGCCGACAAGGUGGUACAUUCCCUGACCUGAAGCCGAUUUGUAGCUGUGCCAGGGGAUUUUCUGGAACUACGUGUGGUUUUACGGAGCUGACGCCGUUCGUCAUUGCAAUGAUCGCCUUCGGCGGCUUUGCAGCCCUAAUCCUAGCAAUGGUCCUCGUGUAUUGGCUGUACGUGAGAACAAGGCGUGACAAGGGAGGAAAGGUGGACCGGGAGGAUAGUACGUUCGCCCCUGCCUGGGGGAGCUCCGACGAUGGGUUUGUCAACAAGGGGGUCGACAGUGAGAGUGGAGACUCCUUUGAAAGCAACGAGAGGAUGGAUCAGCUGGCGAGAGAUUUGAAGCAGUCGAACUUCUUAAUGAAGAGAGCAAAGAGUGUGUACCAGUGGGGGAGUUUAAAACAUAGCAAGGCACAAUCACAACCUAGUAGCACCGGAACACCCGUAAUGCUGGAACUAAGAGAAAGCAUUGCAGAUCGGCGCUGGUAUACAGCCUCAAAUAUCUGAAUUGAACAGGAGUCCAGGACUGGAAUCAGACAAUACGUGGACAGUGUCAUUAAUAAACUAUGUUCAGAUAUCGCAUGUUUAAAUCUUAAUUUAAUGUUUAGUUGAAAUAUAAAUAGGAGUCCCAGCUGAAUAUAUACGACCGAAGAUAUAUUCAUCAUAUACCCAAAGAAUUAUAUGGAAACAUGAGAAAAAUGUACAGCGCUUACAUCCCACACAAGUUGUUAUGGUUUGAGAGUUAUUGGUUUAACAAUAUUGAAAUAACUCUACCUUGUUGGCAGACAAACUGUAGCGAAGAUUGGUUAAUAAUAUAUUAUGGCUAAAUUGAUGUAUAGAUAUAUACGAAAAUCAACUGUGUUCCAAUGCCGAACAUUAAAAUAUGACUGUAUAGUUCUAGAAUUUAUAUAGCUCAAGUACUACGACUGCAAAUAGUCAUCAUGGAACCAAGUAAUUAUGUAUGGAUUAGACGUAACAAACACAGAGUAAUCCGACUUAGCCACACAUUAACUUUAAUGCUUUGGGGGGUCAUUAGGUUAACAUUUUAUUAACAAACCUGCCUUGUUCAGACGUUAUAGCAAAGAAAUGUUAGUAAUACGAUCUCUAAAUAGACUUGAUAUUAUAUAAAAUAAUCUGUACUUCACUGUUGUCAGUUUAUGGACAUGUACGUUUAACUGGCAAAAUUCGGUUGCUUGAUGUUUUUGUAUUAGCUCAUCAACUGAAAUAGUAAGAGAGCUAUUUAAUUUGUUUUACAGGUGCAGCUCCAAUUACCGUAAAAUGAGCUGUAAUGGGUGGGACUAGAUUUUCAAACGUACAACUGCUGACAAGUAUGUUUAUUAACGAGGCUGUUCAAAUGAAAGUGGCAUUUCAGAGUUUUUGUAGGGAGGAGUUGUAGCUAAAAUGCAUGCGGGUGAGCGAAUGACCAAAACGUCGCCCAGAAUUGUAAUUUUAUCUUCAGUCUUCCAUAUAUAUAUAUAUAUUAGGCUGAUUUUGAUGUUGCUAACGAUUUGCGAAAGCCUGCCUUAUUCUUUACUUUAGCCACAUUACAGAAUUAGGGAUUCAUUACCAGAUAUAUGUACAUAAAGCAAAGAAAUUCUCCAAUUUAUUUCAAAUGCGGUUGAUAAUAUAAAAAUCAUUAUCACGCAUCGUUUACUGAAAAGGAGUGCUUUGCUGUUCUAACAGAGUUUUGAAAUUCAAUUUCAUGGUUUUGAAACUACAUUUUAGGCCUAACUUUAUGUUCAUGAACAGAAUACAUUUUGUUACUUAAAAAUAUUCUAUAACUUUCUAUCACUAUUUUGACAACUAAUGAAAUGUUGAUAUAAAUUAUCAAAAACCUUAUAUUUGAUUAAUUAACAUCCCCCCAAAAGGUGGCAAGUAAGAGAGACUAUAGACCAUUAUCAUGUUGCGGCCAUCUUGAUUUUUCCCAUGCAAAUCAACGAAACCAAAGCGAGGCUGGAAGGAAAAUCGUCUGGUUCCUUUUGGCACGAAAAACAUUGUCAUUUGGUACUGUGAUUGGAUACAGGGACAUGACUGAAAUAGUGGGAGCACUAUAAAGUUCUAUUGACAUCAUUUCGAGGAUGAACUCUCUAAAUAAUCGUCGACGUGGACAACGAAUAACUAUCGAUAGUGGAAGUGAGGUUUUUAGUACAAACAACUUGAAAAAACUUUCAUUAAUUUCAUUCCUUG